AUGGUCUCAGCACGUCGUCGUUCAGCAAUACCGUCGCUGGCGUUGCUCGCCUCGUCACUAUGCUCGCUGCUCUCUAUCGCAAGCGCUGCCACCGUCGAGCACCACUGGAACAUCAACUGGGUGCCCGAUGUCAACCCAGACGGUCUCUUCCCAAGGCAUGUCAUCGGCGUCAACGGAACAUGGCCUCCUCCCAUCAUCAACGUCAACGCCUCCGAUGUCCUCCGCGUCACUGCCACCAACAACCUCGAGACGGGCGUCGGCACCUCGCUCCACUCCCACGGCAUGUUCUUCAACCGCACCGGAUACUACGACGGUGCCGUUGCCAUCACUCAAUGUCCCAUCCCUCCCGGUCAGAGCUUCACCUACGAGACUCUCAACUCGCCUGCAUCGCCCGAUGCGCGUCGCAAGCAGAUGGGCACCUUCUGGAUCCACGCCCACAACAACGACCAGUACACCGACGGUCUCCGUGCCCCCGUCAUCAUUCAUCCUGAUGAGGCCGUCGACAUGCACUACCAGUACGACGACGACUACACUGUCAUCCUCGGCGACUGGUACCACUCCAACUACACGGACCUGGUCAAGAACGAAUUCAUGAACCGCAAGAACCCUACCGGUGCUGAGCCAGUGCCCAAGUCGGCUCUCAUCUACUUUGCCCACACCUCCAACAGCUCCGCCGCUGAGUAUCUGCCUGGCUUCAGCGAGAACGCUACGCUCCCCUUCGAGGCUGGCAAGACCUACCGACUGCGUGUCAUCAACAUGUCCGCCCUCGCUGCGUUCUACUUCUACCUUUCUGGCCACGAUAUGCAGGUGAUCGAGAUCGAGGGUGUUGAUGUGCUGCCUCGCUCGGUCGAUUUCCUCUCCCUUGCCGUUGCUCAGCGUUUCAGCGUGCUCGUCACCGCGCGCAACGACACUUCGCCCCAGAACUGGAAGCUGCACGCCAACAUGGACGAGGACAUGUUCGAUGUCGUUCCCGACGACCUGCAGCUCAACGUCAGCGCCACCAUCUCGUACCCCAACGCACCCGUCGGUGAGUUCGGACCCGAGAAGAUCAUCGAGGAGUACACCUACUUUGACGAUCUCCAGUUCGAGCCAGUCAACGUCGAGCCGAUGGUCAACCCCGACGUGGUGCACCGACUCGACGUCUCGUUCGACACCAUGUCCAACGGGGAGAACUAUGCGGCGUUCAACAACAUCUCGUACGUCGCACCUCACACGCCGGCGCUGUUCUCCGCCGAGACCAUGGGUCCUCUCGCCUCGAACCCCUCGAUCUACGGUCCCAACUCCAACUCGUUCGUCAUUCGUCACAACGACAUGGUCGAGGUGAUGCUCUUCAACUGGGAUGCGGGCAAGCACCCGUUCCAUCUGCACGGGCAUCAUUUCCAGGUGGUGUACAAGAGUCAGGAUCUCACCUCGAGCGAUCCGGCGAUCAACCCACCGUUCAACCCCAACCAGACCAACCCGAUGCGUAGGGACACGGUCAUGGUGCCCCCCGGUGGAUCGGCUUAUUUGCGAUUCAGAGCGGACAAUCCAGGUGCCUGGUUCUUCCACUGCCACAUCGACCCGCAUCUCGUCUCCGGGUUGGCAAGCAUCUUUAUCGAGGCGCCAGAGGUGCUUUCGGACAACUACCUUAGUGUGCCCGGCUUUAUCAAGGAUCAGUGUCGUGUGCAGAACAUUGCUACUUCGGGCAACGCCGUCGGCUUCAACUCGACCACCGACUUUGACGGGCUGGCAAAGGGCCCGACGUACCUCGAGUCAGGUUGGACGGGUAGGGCGAUCGCCGCGUUCACCGGGUGCACCAUCACCGGUCUGCUCGGCCUCGCCACGGUCGUCGUGUACGGCUGGCAUUCGGGUGAGGAUGAGGAUGCCGAGGAUGACGAUGAGGACGAGGAGAAGUAG